CCCGAACCCGACCCAAUCCCUAUCCCUCCUCCCUAUUUUCCGGGAACUCAUCCCUCUCUCUCUCUCUCUCUCUCUCUCUCUCUAAGAAAAAGCCAUGGAUUCGCAUCCUCCCCCUCGUACCUCGUUCAAGUUGAUUUUGGGAUCGUCCUCGGUGGCGCGGAAGCACAUUUUGGCUGAGAUGGGAUAUGAAUUCCAAGUCAUGUCCGCAGAUAUUGAUGAGAAAGGCAUUAGGAGGGAAAAUCCCGACGAGUUAGUAAUGGUCCUUGCUGAGGCUAAGGCUGAUGCUAUCAUAUCAAGGAUGAACAUUUCAGAUUACGGAAAAGAAGAUACUGAACCUACGCUUCUAAUUACUUCUGAUAUAGUCGUAGUCCAUGAAGGGAUAAUUAGAGAAAAGCCAAGCAGCAAGGAAGAAGCGCGCCAAUUCCUCAAAGGCUAUUCUGGGGGUCAUGUAUCAACCGUCGGAUCUGUGCUCGUCGCCAAUCUCAAGACAGGCCGGAGAUAUGGAGGACUGGACAAAGCUGAGGUAUAUUUCCAUGAUAUUCCAGACGAGAUAAUCGAGAACCUGAUUGACGAGGGCAUCGUAUUCAAUGUGGCGGGUGGCUUGCUGUUAGAACAUCCAUUAACAUUGCCAUUUGUUGAAGCAGUCGUUAGGUUUUUGCAGAUCGGUGCCAGCGAUAGCGUGAUGGGACUUCCGAAGGCUCUCACAGAAAAACUGAUUCAUGAGGCUUUGCUUCCUCAAUCUAGUUGAUUUGUUGAGUGUAACUUCAUUUCCUUUCCUUUAUUUAUCUUAUAGUGCCAUAGAAUUUCUAACGGCAAAUUUAUCCCAAUAGCAUAUUGAUUGCAUGAGUACUGUAUUGGCACAGUUCCCUUGUAUUGCAUUUUGAUAAGCAUUAGGCUUAUUGCGAAUUUUUUGAUUUUUAUAUUGGAUAAGGAAAAUGGAUUCAGAUUUUUAGCUUUUGGAAGCCGAUCCCCUCAAAAUGGACGAAUUAUCUUUCUCUUUCUGGCUUU